GCGCGUUCGGACGGUUGUUUCAAUGGUGUGCCCAGUCUAAUCCUGUACCCUGACUCACAGCGGGGCGAUUUCGGUGGAACCCGUUCAGAGGAUACCCCACCGCCAUUCGGUUGCCGGUUGCGAAGCUGUUUAAGUAAGAAUCCAAGCGCAUACGGUGGGUCAACCAACUCAGCUUCCGGAGGAGAGUGUGUUCGCGUGUGAAAUAGUGGUUCAAGUUUGUAAGUAGUGGCCAAAAAGGCUGUGCGAAAAUGUACGCGAUCCGUCUGCUCAUCCUGUCACUGGCCGCCAUCGGAGUGCACUCCAGCUAUGCCCUGCCACCGUCCACGUUUGGCGAAGCAAUCGCUAGUGCCGGCCAGUUGUCGAACAAAUUGAAGGAAACGGUGGCCUGGAAAACGUUCACCGGCAUUGCGCGCGAUUCGGACUCGAUCAACUCGCUGGUGCGGAUCAUACCGCGUACGACGAUGGGUUUCGUGCGGGAUGUGGUCAGCUCGUUCAAGCGCGAGUCGCGUGCCAUCAUUCUCACCAAAAACGGUGCCCUGGAGGGCCGAUUGCAGCAGGUGAAGGGCGGCGGAUCGGGUUUCUUCUACGCGUUCAAGGGCAUCCGGUACGGGCAGGCCCCGGUCGGUGAGCUACGGUUCCGGGCGCCCGUCCCGGAGACUCCCUGGAAGGGCAUCCGCAGUGCGAACCAGGAGGGUUCCGUCUGUCCCCAUCGCAACAUGAUACUGGACAACUACAAGGGCAACGAGGAUUGUUUGUUUUUGAACGUGUACUCCCCGGAACUACCGGUCGGCCAGGAUAAUCCGCAACUCCCGGUUUUAUUUUUUAUCCACGGUGGAGCAUUUAGCUUCGGCUCUGGCAAUAGUUUUUUGUAUGGUCCUGACUAUCUCGUCCCGAACGGUGUCGUACUGGUGACGUUCAACUACCGUCUAGGGCCACUCGGGUUCCUGAGCGUUGGCCGCGAUGCACCCGGCAAUGCGGGACUCAAGGAUCAGGUGCUGGCCUUGCGCUGGGUCCAGGAGAACAUUGCCGCGUUCGGUGGCAAUCCGAACGAUGUGACGAUCUUCGGUCAAUCCGCUGGCUCGGUUUCGGUGCAGCUGCUCGUACUCUCGCCACUGGCGAAGGGACUGUUCCAUAAGGCGAUCGCCCAGAGUGGCUCCGUCCUGAACCCGUGGGCCAUCGCACGGGACACGAAAAGCCGCGCCUUCCAUCUCGGUCAACUGUUGGGCAUCCGGACGAACGAUACGGACGAACUGGUGGGUCAGUUGCGCCGCGUCCCACCCCAGAAGAUUGUAGAUGUUGCCCUCAAGACGUUGACGGCCGAAGAUGUACGGAAAAGCAUCGGGUUACCGUUUGUACCGUCGCUAGAGGACUGGACGGGAGAGGAUGCGUCCAGGGAGGAGCCACUGUUGCAGGAAGAACCACUGGAACUGCUCAAGAGUGGCCGCUACCAUCACGUUCCAAUGAUCGUCGGGUUCAACUCGCACGAAGCGAUGCUGUUCUUGAGACGUGUUCGAAAGGAUCCAAAUUUGCUGCAAACACUCGACAGUGACUUUGAGCGCCUCAUUCCGACCAACCUGCGUGUGGGACGUGAAUCGGAAGAGGGUCGUGAAUUCGCGAGCAAGAUGAAGCAGUUCUAUCUGGGCGAUAGGCACGUCUCGAAUGAAACUAUCCAGGAGAUGAUGAAUCUUAUGUCGGAUGUGAUGUUCCUGCACGGGAUAACGGAUUUCGCCCGGAUACAUGCGUCCCACAAUGGUCCCAACUCGACCUGGGUGUACCGGUUCGGGUACGAUGGUGCGCUCGGUAUCUAUAAGCGGAUACUGGGCAUCAAUUGGCCCGGGGCUUGCCAUGGCGAUGAGCUGGGUUACCUGUUUCACUUUGGGUUUCUCAACCUCCGGCUAGACAGUUCGUCUCCCGAGCUGCAGGUGAUGCAGAAGAUGACCCGCAUGUGGACCAAUUUCGCAAAGUAUGGCAACCCAACGCCUUUCGGUGAGGACGAGCUGGUGCUGAGCAUUAACUGGCCAUCGGUGAUACCGAACACGAUGACCGAGCUGCCCUACCUGGACAUUGCUGGGUCACUUGCCAGCAAAACGAAUCCUGAUGCGGUAAGGUUACGGUUCUGGGAUGAUGCCUUCACCCAGUACAAUGGCAAUUUGCUGUAACGAGCUAGCGAGCUACGAGCAGCGGAGCUACUGCUGGAGGCCACUGCGAUCGGAUUGGCAACAGCCGAAACCACCCCCCAGCGAACGGUGCAAACAACAAACUAGCGGUAUAGUGAACAGGGUUUUAGGGUGUAAUAGCUAGCCAAAAGAUAAGGUCAUAAUUUGCCAUUUCUAAGACACGUUCACGCCCAGCCCAGCAGCGCACUAUCUAUAUGGUGCACAUAUGUUAUAGCAUUUCCGCUACAAUGUUUUGACUAAAACGGGGAUUUUAGCGUAUACUUUUAGAUGAAUCGUUAUGUUUUGUUCAAUCGUUAUGGCGUACCGGUAGGUGGGUAUGCAUCGAAGCCAGUUGAAACUGUCGCAGCACU